AACCACGUUCUCUUCUGUUCUGUUCUGCUGUGCUCUUCUUUCCGAAUCGACGUCAGCAUACAGCUUCUGGUAGACUAACGGGUGCUUGAUGAAGUUUGUGCAACUCUCGCUUUUCCGUUUUCUCUUUCACUUUUCGCUUCAUGACCGACCCUUCCCAUUCAGAAGAUUCAUGUUGGCAUCCAUAUCCCAACUACAGAACAGACCACAGCAAUGGCACUGUCACAUAUCACUUUAACCCAACAGCGAAGCAUUCUCUGGUCAGAAAGCACGUUGUUAGCCGCAUUCAAACAGCCAAACUGCAAUCACAUAAACCCCCAUCGACAUCCCCAUUAUCUCUGAAAACUUUACAUAUCUCCAGUAUUCAUUCCGGUGGACUGCCUUCCCCGCCUGUCGAUAACGAUCAUGACCAUACUCACAACUUUCCUAACCAUGAAGACUCUCACCUCGUUGUAUCACCUACGCCCACUCCCACAGAAGAAACCUCAAAAGAUAACCGGUUUGCGAGCGAACUGGUUGCCCAUGCCCUUCAAAGACUAUCAGAUAAUCAGGCAUGUUCAAAAGACGUGGACCCCCAUAACGUAACGUCUGGCGAGCAAGAAGAUGAAAGUGAUAUAGAUUUGCCGAAUGCACAAGAUUUAAGGCAAAAAAUUGCUGAUUUGACUGCAGAAAAGCACAGGUUAUUUCAGUUAAUGAAGAGUAAAAUGCAACAGGAUAUUGAACACGACGACGAUGAUACAGCUUGCCAAAGAGGUCUGACGCCAGUUUCUGAAGUCACCGUAUGUUCCAAUCCAAGCGAAAAUGAAAAGGAAAAUACUGAACGCCCAAACCAGCGAUCUCCUCAGCCGGCCGCGGCAUCUUCUUCAAAACCUACUUCUACUAGCAGCACAAGUACUGAGCGUCCCUCCAUGUACCGAUCUCGACCACUGAGUGACCGAGGUUACUACCAUCAUCAGUUUCAUGCCCCACCUUCUCAUCAUCAUCUUCCUCCUCGCUCCAUGUAUGGAGCACCAUCCUACAGAGGCCGUCGUGAUGGCUAUUUUCCCCGCCCUCCUUCCAUGCGACCUAGCCCAUAUGGUCCACCCUCGCCAUACCGCAGGCGGUCGCCAGUAUUGGAUAGAAGACCUCGCUAUUGAACCACCCAAAAAAAAAGAUUGUAUUUGAAAUUUCCAUCCAUUCCAUCGCUGUAUAAUUAUUUUUGAAUGAUAGUGUCUCUGUCAUUGCCACU